CAGGUUUCUAUUCUCUGAAGUGGCUGCAUCAGCCAUCAGGUGGAGCCCGGCUCACUCCCUUUACUUCUUCCUUUGUUUUCCAUUAUGUCUGGGAAGCCGACUCUGUGGCCCCCCGGAGGCCCCUGGACAGCAGCUGUGAUGGUGUGGCUGGUGGCGCUGAGUGUCCCAGUGGCUGAGGGCGGAGACUCUCCACUGGAGCCCACAGUGACUAUCUCCCCAGCCAAGACAGAGGCCCUAACCCACCACAACAUGCUGGUCUGCUCGGUGACGGAUUUCUAUCCAGCCCACAUCAAAGUCCGGUGGUUCCGGAACGACCAGGAGGAGACAGCCGGCGUCGUGUCCACCCCCCUGAUCAGGAACGGGGACUGGACCUACCAGGUCCUGGUGAUGCUGGAAAUGACCCCCCAGCGAGGAGACGUCUACACCUGCCGCGUAGAGCACCCCAGCCUCCAGAGCCCCAUCGCAGUGGAGUGGCGGGCACAGUCUGGAUCUGCCCAGAGCAAGAUGCUGAGCGGCGUCGGGGCCUUCGUGCUGGGGCUGAUCUUCCUGGGCCUGGGCCUUGUCAUCCGUCACAGGAAACAGAAGGGGCUCCUGCACUGACUCCUGAAGGUAUAUCAUUGUACUUGGUUUUCUCUCCUCUGAGAUGGGUGCCGAUCUUUGCCCACAGUUCCAGUUGCCUGUUAACCUGUCCAACUCUGAGAUCAAGCCCUACAGUCACCCUGACAGUCCUCACGUCACCUUGUGUGACCCUCACCCCAAGGAUGGUGCCUCCUGCACUGACUUCAGAGUCUCUUCCUAUUCCUGCCAAAGUGUUUUUCUGUUUCCAUUCUCUCCCCACAGACUGUUCAAGAAAAGCAUGUUGAACUCAAUUACCUACCUACAGAGCUUUUUUAUCAUAACUAAACAUAUUGUGAGUUAUCUGUGUCCUGAACCUCCUUAAAUGAGCAGAGGUAGGAAGCCACUCCAGAAUGAAAGCAACAUAUAUUGAGGUGACCCAGCCAGCCUGGGAUCAGAGGGGAUGUUUUGCCUUGAAAGGAGACUAGAACCAUCUUGGGGUGCCACACAAGGGUGGGAAGAGGGGACAGAAAAUAAUUUCAAUCAUCAUAUCCUUCAUGAUUCUUUAGUAUUGAUGUUGAGUGCAGUGGCCUUAGCACUGCUGCCUCUCUUCCAGUUUGGGGAGAAUUCUGUAAGUAAGCAUGUGGAAUUGUUGCAUUCUGAUACAGUGACCUCUGGUCACUGAGGUUUCAGAUACAUCCUGGCAAGUCACAUUGGCCAAGAUCAAUUUUUAUUUUUGAGAAAAUAUAAUAAGCAAUAAAAGUACUAUUUUUGGUUUUAAAUGAUAGAAAUCCAACACAAAUUUACUUUGUUCAUGUUACCUGGGGUCAAGUUGACUUCAGAAGAGACAAGAUCUCUUAGGAGUUUGACCAGGAAACCAGGAGUUUGGUUGCUCGCUAUGAUGUGCACUGACUACCAGGGGAUGGCACAGAAUGAAAGAAGGCCCCAGCCAGCAUCCAGAAGGAUCUGAUUGGCCCUGAUUGCUGGCCAGGCGUAAGGACCCUACCUGUGCACUAAUUUUGUGCACUAGGCCUCUAGUUUAAAAAUAAAUGCCACCAUGGACCUGGCGACAACAAUCCAACAUUUGGCUUCUUCCAAGUGGGACACAGGCCCUGCCACCAGCCUGGAGCGACACCCCACCAAAUUGCAGCCAACACUGUCAAGAACCCAUGGUGCAAAUGUGGCCCACAGCCCAGUUCAGCCUGAAACAGUCACUGUGGGCACCAGGUAAUGACAUCACAUAGCUAUGCCCGGAUUCCUCUCCCUAACGACUAGCCUCCUUGCAGUUUCUUCAGCCCAGGA